UUAACACACAGACCUCUCGUAUACCGCCCACCCCCCCACCCACGUGUAUACACGCAUCGUCCCGCCCCGUAUCGUACUCCUCGACUCUCGAAACUCCACCUUCCCCCAUGGCGUCUCCAGCCACGAUUCCGUUCACCUCAGUCGACACCACCACCCGCCAGCCCGCCAAGGACGAGGUAGAGUCGCCCAGCAUCUCGAGCGCAAAUGCGCUUGCCCGCUACGAGUAUGAGGCGGGCCAUGGCAAUGCCACAACAGGCACCAAGAUCCUGAUGGUGGAGUGGGAAGACGACGACACAACGCGGGGCGUGCGCGGCGACUGGCAUAUUUCGUGGGACGGCAGCACGCGCGUCUUGCCUGCCAACGACCAGCCUGCCAAUGAUGUGCAUCGCAUGUACUUUCUGCUGCCCCCGGGCGUUGCGGUACCUACCAGCGUCACACUGACGCUACGGCCACAGGACGCCAGCAAACCUCCCGUCGUCUGGCAUACCAACCCCCUCCCGGCCCUCUUCCCACCGGAGCUCGGGGCGUCUGCGCGUGCAGCGGGCAAAAAGGGUGUCUUGCACACCAUCUGGGCAAAGAAGCGGCUGCAGGUGCUGCAAAAGGAGAUUGAGGCCGAGUCACGCACCAACGUCGAGGGCGUGGGCCUGCUCAUGGCCGUGCAAGAGAAGGAGUGGAUCGAGUCGACGUUUGGCGUGAAUGCCAAACCGGCAGGCCUGAGCAUCUCACUGGGAGAGCCCACGCUGGCUCCGAUGAAGGGGCCCUCGAGCCCUCGAUCGCCUGGCGGAGGGCGGCUGAUGGACAAACUGGCGGGACUGCGACUAAGCACGAGCGAAAAGGACCUCUCGCCCAACAGCAGCACGCCGGGUUUCUCCAACCCCCUAUCGCCCGAGUCGUCGGAUAUUGCCAUUAGUUCGUUCGCUGUCUUCAAGGGCGCAAAUCCAUCGACACUUGCGGCGAAGCCUCCGCAACCACCCCAGGCUCAGCCAGCAGAUCCACCUCGGAAAAUCGCGGCCCAGGCGCCUCCGCAGUUCAUCAUGGAGCAGCAGAGUGCUGGCAUGGGCUCGCUCAACGCACUAUCUGGCCCAGCGCCCGUGUUCCAGUCUCGAGCCCCGGUGCUAUCGACCGCCACCGAUGAUGACGACAAGGACGACGGCUUGUUUGCGCUGCCCAUUAGCCCGCGAAGCCCCGAAGUGGGCAAGAGUCCAUUUUCGUUUUCAGCAAGCGAUACGGCCCCUUUUCUGAAGGAAGAGAAGGCUGCUUGAGUGACAAUACACGUGCUUGUUGUCCCGGAGUCUUGGGGUAUGGAAUUCUGGUCUUGGUCGGAGAGGCCGUGUAGCCCUCCUGUUUGGCGUGAUACCUUGGCGGCUUUGUUGCCUCUUUGCAAAAUCCUACAUAGGUCAAUACAUCAUCAUGAACAAGAUU